AUGGAAAAAGACUUAGAUUCUGAUAAUAAAAAAAUAUUGAUAAUUCCUUCAAUUGACGUGCCUAAUCCGAAUGUACUAGAAGCAGUCGUUUUUCCCUUAAGAAUAGCAAGCAAAGAACCAUCGACUGAAUCAAAUAUGACCUCAUUGACUGGAUUUGACGAAACUGGUAUUAGCACUCAAAAUAUUUCUAGUUUUUCGUCUAAUAUCAAUGAUAAAGAUGAUAAAGAUCAUGUGUCUUCAACUGAUGUAUCUAAAUUAAUUCUAUUUCAAGAAGGGAUAACCAGAACGAGUACUAAAGAUUUAAUAGAAGCAACAUUUGAAAAUGAUGAAAAUGAUAUAAAUGAUCAAAGUGAUGAUACUGAUACUGAUUCUCAAAAUGAUGAAAUUAAUAUAAAUGCACAAGAUGAUGAAAAGGUCAAAAAUAUACAGAGCAAUACAAGUGCAAAAAAUGCUGAUAUAAAUGCCGAAGAUCAAUUUGAUCAGGAAUCUUCAAAAUCUGUUAAAAGAAGUUGGAGUAUUAAACGAGUCUUUAGCAGGAAAAAAAAGAAAAACAAGGAUAAUCAAUCGAACGAUCUUGUAAAAGAUUUCAUGGACAAUGCAACUGCUAAUCAAGCUCACGACACUGCGACCGAACAAGAUAAUCAAAAUGAUCAAAUAUUAGGUCCUCACGUAAUUCCACCUGAACUUUUUACCGAAAAUAUGGUGACUACUUAUUUUCAUGUAAUAAUGCCGAAAAAAGUUUUUAAAAGAAAAUUUAUGGUAUUUGUGAUUGGUAACAUUAAGGAAUUAGGAGAUGGAAGAUAUGGCAUCGUACAACUCAAACGAUAUGAUAAAAAUCCUAUUUAUUGGUAUUCUGAUCCAAUUAGUGUACCGAUUAAUGUUCUCGAAGACAGACCUAUUCGAUAUGGUUACUUUGUUUAUAAAGGCGCUAAGAGUAGUUUAGCAAAAAAAUUGUUUAAUCAGUUAACUAUCAAAAGUAAUUCAUCAUUUGAAAAUAUAGUUCCUGAUAUCGACGUUGAUGCAGAAAAUUGGUUUUGGGAUCGCAAUAAGCGUGAAUUCAUUUUUAGGGAAAAUCAAUAUGAUUUAUGGAGUAACACUGAAAAGUACCGAAUAAAAUUAAAAGAUUUAUUAAAAUAUUAUCCAUAUAUCUCUAUCAUCUAUGGGUCGAUUAAUGAUAAGAAUUUAAAAGAGAAAAUCAUUGAAUAUUUAGAUAUUAACAAGAGACAUGCUUCUAUUUUGGAUUAUGAUGUGUUAGAGCGGUUUGUUUUUAAGAACUUUUGUGACUCAAAUUCUAUUAAGCAAAAUGUAUUUUUAUGCGUUUUGUUAGGCUACGCGAUAAAAGAAAAAAAGUUUAAAAAUUAUAUGCCACUUGGAUAUAAUCUUCCGGAAGAUUUCCCUUCCAUUGAUAUGUUACGAACCUUCAAGGAUAUCAGUAAGGAUGAUUUACCUCAUGGAGUUAUUAAAGUGCUGCCACAAGUUGUCUGUACAGUAGUACUGCAUAUUUCCACCUUUUCUACAAAAUUCGAAUGGAUAAAGGCUUUUGAAGUUGCUCCAGUUAUAGAUUCAAAGUAUACUUUCCUUGAACAGUUCAAAGUUCCUGUGUAUACGAGAGGAAAUGAGUCAAAUUUCUUAGAAUCACUCAAAAAAUUUGCCAAACCAUCCAUGGAUAAAAUUACAAAUGAUGGCACUUACGUGAAAGUUUGCAAAAAUCUACUUUCUUUAUGCCAAAGCAUUGCUGCGAUAAUAUUUUUAUGGCAAUCCAUUUUUCAUCCUGAUACAUAUAUGUAUGAUGACCUUAGUGAAUAUUCUCUCAAUCGUCUAAAUUAUUUCUUAAUGAAUGACAACGCAAAAGAGUUGGAGAAACAUCUUAAAGAGAUACCUGUUAAUUUUAAUAUCGAUUUUACUUUCGUAUUUCGUGAAAGAAUCUUUAAAUUAUUAAGUAAUUUUAAUGUUAGUUGGGAUAAAGAUAAUAUAGACUCGAUACUUAAAUUACUUAAUAAUGCUAGAUUGAACUGGCAAGAGGAUACUGUCCUGCAAGCACUUGGUGUUUUUUCUGCUUCAGGGAACAUGGAUUUAUUACAAAGUUUUCCUAUUCAAUUAGUAAUGUUUCUCGAAAAAGAUUUCAUAGAUAUCGAUUCGAACGAUAAAAGACUCGGUAAAAUUUGUACUCAAUGGUUCAAAAGCGCACUGGCGUGUAUUAAGGAAGAACAAAAUGCACCCAAGCAUAUCGAGGAAAACUUUUCAUGCACAAUAUUUCAUUACCUUUCAACAAUGUACUCCAUCAUGAAAAAAUACAAUAUUACAAGUGUUCAGCUCUUUAAUGCUGCUGAAGAAGCAGUUAAAGUUCUUAAAGAUAAUGUGAUUUUCGAUGCUGCUGUUAAUAUUGGAGAUCUUAAGCAAAAAGAACUUAUAGAAAUAUUUAGUCAUGUAUUGAAAGAAAGAUUUGAUUCAGAUGUCAAAAAUAGUGAUAUCAAAUUAUUAAGUAAAAUAAUGAGAAUUUGCAAGUCUAAAGGACAACAAUUACAUAUCCCAAACAC